AUGCCCCGGCCGCGCCUCCGCGGGCUCCGGGCGGUGCGCCUGCUGCUGGCCGCUGCCGCCGGCCGCGCUGGCGCCAGCGACCCCUGCUUCUCUCGGCGGCUCAGAGCGCAGCGCUUCGGGCACGGCUUCGGGGUGUCCGCCGGCGGCGGCGAGUCGGGGCCCCCGCCGCGGCUGGAGGCUGACGCCUUCGUGGCCCACGUCAGGUACGACGGCUGCGCCGAGCUGGACUUCUACCCCCGGCUGAAGCAGCACGAGACCCGCGGAGGCCUCUGCGCGGUGUGGCUGGAGAGGCAGGAGGCGGCCCCGGCGGCGUGCGGCCCUGGCCAGGAGGAGCGGCGCCUGGAGCACGAGGUGCGCGUCUCGCUGCCCGCCGCGGCGGCCAACUGCUCCUCGCUGCUGUUCGCCUUCCCCCCCGGGCAGCGCUUCGAGUACUACGACCUGGCCCGGCCGCCGGCCUGGCCCGCGCCGCUGCUCGGCGGCGCCGGGCCGCGGCAGCCAGCCAGCCCAGACCUCUGGCGCCUCGAUGUCUUCGAGGCCCUUCGGCGGGCCUCCGCGCCCUGCGACGCCGCCGACGCGCGCCGCGGCCACGCCGCUCCGCGGGGCGCGGGCUGCGCGGGCGCCGCGCGGGGCCCGGCGUGA